UAUGGAGCGCGGGUCAGUGGCGCGUGUAUAUGGGUCUUUCGUGAAUAUUAUCUCCAAUUUUCUCCUACGCGUCAGACGUAAGGUGUGCAUGAAUUUGCCUGCUGAUUAACGGGGCCUAUCGCGCGUUCAUGAUGGAUCCGUCGAAAUUGAAAGUGGUGGAGUUGCGAGCCGCACUGAGCGAGCGCGGCCUCGACACCAAGGGCAACAAGCCAGUGCUCGUCGAGCGGCUACGCAAGGCAUUGGAGGAAGAAGCACAGGAGUGUGGUUCAGAUUCGCAAACAGAGAAUAUUGACGAUACUGCUUUGAAAGAGACACAAGAGAGAGUUGUAGAAGCUACGCGAUCGUCGCAAUCACCACGGACGCCUAAUAGAGCAUCUAGGAGCUCCUCGGUGACGACUCCAACAAAAAUUUCUACGAGAAAUGCAUCGAGAGCAUCUACCACGCCAAAUUCUUCAAAACAAUCUACUCCGAACAAAUCUCAGUAUGAUGAGAAAGCAUACGAGACACCAACGCCGAAUGAAGAAGCCAUAACCCAACAACAGGAAAUGUCAAAAUUGUCUCCUGAAAAAUAUAGAGAAGAGCAAGAAGAUGAUGCGUCCAAUAUUCUUCAGAACAAAAUUCAUUCAUCUGAUAAGUAUGAGGAAGAAGAGGCAAAAUGUGUUAAUAUUUUAGAAGGUAAUCGAGCAAAUAUUUUCCAAGUACCUGUGACAGAAUCGUCUGACAAACCUAGUACAAUUGCCUGUGUAGAUCAAUUUUCUAUAACUCAAGAAGCUCAUGAAGCAAAGGGAUCUUAUAUAGAUGAAGUUGGUAAAGUUCAACAGCUAGCUGAAGAAACAAAGGAUAUUACAAAAGUGGAAGAAAAGACAGAAAUUAAAGAUGACGAUAAAAUUUCAAUUGAGAAAGAACAUGUUGAACGUAAAGAAGAUGGAUCUAACAUUAAGGAUAAUAUAGACAUUCCGGAAAUUGAACAGCCAACACAUGUGAUAUCUGAUCAGGCAGAUAAAAUAUGUGAAUUAAAGCACGAAGAAAAAACUAUUCAUGAUGAUUAUACAGUGCAAGAUAAAAAAAUGGACAUUUCAGCUAAUGUAGAAAAUUUAGAUGAAAAAAUUGAUACUAUCAAUAUUUCACAAGAUAAACAGCCAAAAGCAACAUUAGAUGCAGGAGAAUCAAAUCAAAUGGAAUGUAAUGACAGAAAAAGAAAAAGAUCCCCUAGCCCAGCAGAAGUCCGUCAACUAUCUCCUAUGCCACAGAAACCAGAGGAUGAACCAGAUCUUGACGAGUCAACUGUAAUUUUAUCAUGGUAUGAUUCAGAUUUGAAUUUAGUUAUUAAUAAAGAUGGAUUUCUCUCUGGUACACCUAUGCAUGAUGGUGAUCUCUGUGAUAUGUGGGCUGGUGCAAGAGCGUCUCAUGGUGUUUCAAAUGGAAAAGUCUAUUAUGAAGCCAGAAUUGUACAACAUUAUCCUACUAUCACAAAAGACAAGAAACAAUCGCAUAUGCUUAGAAUUGGUUGGUCAGUACCCUCUACAUCCAUGCAACUUGGCGAGGAAAAAUUGAGUUAUGCGUAUACAAGUGCUGGAAAACAGGGUACUGACAAGAAGUUCACAGAUUAUGGUUCUCCAUUCGGCAAGGAUGACGUUGUCGGAUGUUAUCUUGAUAUGACACCUGAGAGCACCAUAGAAUUGUUUUACACGGUAAAUGGUAAAAACGUUGGAUCUGCAUUUAGUAUCUGCAAAGAGGAACUUGGUGAUAGACCAUUGUUUCCACACAUUCUGAGUAAAAACUGCACGUUUGUCUGCAAUUUUGGCCAAGAGGAGGCAUGGUGCGAACAAAUCCCAGGCUAUAUUUUAGUGGGUAAUAUCGAAUCCAAGAACAGAAUUGCGGGUCCACGUAGGCCAAAUGGAAAAGCAGAUUGUGAGGUGAUAAUGAUGUGUGGUUUGCCCGCGGCGGGAAAAACUACCUGGGUAAGAAAGCACGCGGCCGACCAUCCAGAUAAACUAUACAAUAUUUUAGCAGUCCAUAAAUUGGUUGAGAAGACUGGCGACGUUGCUCUGUCAGAUAAAGAGCAAAACAUCUGUCAGCGAGAAAUUAUUAUCGACAGAUGCAAUCGCGCACUCGAUCAACUGAUCAACGUAGCAAGUGGUAGAAGACGUAACUAUAUAUUAGACCAGAAGAGCAACAUAUAUUCUUCUGUACAAAGGCGUAAAAUGCGAAAUUUCUGCGGUUAUCAGCGGAAAGCGAUCGUUGUUAUACCAGCAGAUGAAGAGUACAAUCAACGUUUGUCAAUGCACAAUACAAUCGAAGGAAAUUCUUUAGUGUCCAAUCUUACGGAAAUGAAAGCAAAUUUCACUGCACCUUCGGUGGGAGAAUUUUUCGAUGUAGUGGAGUGGGCCGGUCUUGGCAAGGAAGAUGCUAAGAAACUCAUUGAGAAAUAUAACAAGGAAGGCAAAGACGCUGGAUUCAGUCAACAACCACCGACAAAACAACCGCGUCUUGACAAGACUGAGAAUAUCAAAGAAACGCGUGAUUCUCGAAACAGCCGAGACACUCGAGAUCGAAGAAAUAAUUAUCAAGAUAGAGGUCGCAAUCCUUCUUGGCGUGGUUCUAAUAUGGGAGGUUGGAGAGGAGAGAGACCACAAAGAGGUGGUUACAUGAGGCACACUGGUGGUUACGGACCUCCUGUUCCAUGGAGACUACGAGGACGAGGCGGACCUGCAAUGGCACGAUCAGACAGAAGAAUGGUUGGAGUUGAUAGGAGAUCAGGAAAUGACAGAAAUCGAUCUGUUGCACCUAGGCAGGGUGGUUGGGGCUCUAUGAGUGGGAAUUAUCAAGGGUCGCAACAGUCCAGUUGGGGUCAACAGGAUAAUUGGUCAAGUAGCCAAGCUACAGGCAAUUGGAACCAACCAAGCUGGGGACAACAACAGUGGGGGGGUUGGAAAGGAUAUAGUCAAGGUACAUACGGUCAGACGGGAUACAAUCAACAUGGAUACGGCAAUGGUAAUUGGAAUAGCUGGAAUCAACAGUAUUACAACAACCAGUAUUGGGGUCAACAACAACAGAGUGGGCAGACUACCGCAGCUAGCAGCCAGGCUGAGAUUACAAGCGAAAUGGUUGCAACGACUUCUACCAAUACGGGCGCAGGAUAUAGUUACUCACAGGGAUAACAGACUUUUGCGCGAGGACGAGCAUGUCCGUACUAAGUACUGCGACAGCAACCAUCAUGCAACAGUCUCUCAUUCACAUAAGUAGAAGAAAGAAUUUAUACCACACACGUUAUAUACAUCACGUAUACGUAUGUGUUUGACAAACGUUUGAAUUUAAUUUCAAUGAUAUACAUAUAGAAUGUGACAUCGACAUAACAGCGGAUACAGGCAGCAUUACGUUUUUUUUUUUAAUUUUGACAAUGAUUCGCACGAUUUUUUCAUCUCGUGCGUAAGGACAUUACAAAAAUAAAUUAGUAAUCUGCAUUGCAACAAGUACAUGUGAGAAAAUCAGUUUUAAAAUAUAAUUGAUAUUAAUAAAUUUCGCGAUUCUCUUACCGGAAACACAGGUCUAAUAAUGUAAGUGCAUUAACGAUAAUGUAAUAUUUGCGAGAAAGAAUAUAACUUUUUAUCGCAUCUUUAAAAACUAAGAAAAAAAGGUAAGAGGAAGAGUACUACGUAUGGGUACAAAAAAAAAACCACGCAAGUAGUAUUAAAAGCCGAAAAGAAAAGAUAGCAAUCUCAAAAGCGCGUGUAAAUAUGUACAGAUCUAAAGUAAAGAAAUUAUGCAGAAAAAUAUCUAUUUAUAUAUUGAAUAGAUGUAGCGAAUUCGCUUGAAUGUAUCUGCACAUUAAAAGCUGUGGUGUGCAAAUUGAUGUACAAUUUGACAUGUAAUAAUUGACAUAAUAAUGUAUGCAUAAGCAAUUAAAUUCUAAACAAGAUUUCUGAAACCCAAGCAUAAAUUGUUUAGAUUAUUUGAUGUAUUAUUUAUUGGUCAUUUUAUCGAUCGUUUAUGUUUUUACAGUUUCGACAGAUUAGCAUGCGACAAGCUUUAAUCUGCACUAGUGAAUUCGCUGAUAGUGAAACUUUUAGCAGUGCCCUGUUAGAAAGAGAAAAACUAUGCAAGAAAAAAUAUAUUGUAUAUCGUUUAUCCCUAUUCUUAUCUUUCUAUACACCGAAAAUGUAUAAAAAAAAAAAAAAAUAUUGUGGCGCAAAUAAAUUAUUCUUGGACACAUAUUUUAUACAUGUAGAUUUUUCAUUGUACAACACGACAUGAAUGGUGUUGCUAUAAUAAUUAAUUUGGUUUAUUAAAGUUUGAAAUAUUUGUAUCUUAUACAAAAUACUUUUCUCUAGUACGAUCAUUAUUCACCUAUAUGAAUAUGAUUGUGCUGAUUGUCUACUUCUUGAUUGACUAUAUUGUAUUGAGAGAGAACGGCGUUUUUUGUUAUAUUUAAUUGUGCACAUUGCACUUAUCUGUCUUCUACUAUAUUCGAUAUUUGAUUCAUAAUGCGUUUGUUACCCUACGUACUUCCUCUGCUAGGACAAUUGAUUUCUUUAUCACACCCUCACUCGAGCAAAUAAAGAAUGAACACCUCACGAUGUCUAUCUCAGCUGCACCGUAUCAAUGAUAUAUUUUUAUAUGUAUACAUGAUAUAUAUAUAUAUCUAUAUAUAUUUAUACAUAUAUCUGUACAUCGAUUUUGAGAGUAUAAUCACGAACCAGUCGCUCGUGUUUACAUACAGAUUCACAAUUACUGAAUACAAAUAUAUUAUGCGAUUUAGUGUAAUGACAAGUGUAACUUGCAUCAAACGUCUGCAAUCUAUUAAUUAUGUCGUUUGGAAGAGCAAGUAUAUGAAAGAGAUCUUACAAACAAGAAAAAUAAUCCUUUUCUUCUCUUCAUUCAAUUCUAUUCAUUCGUAGGAAAAAUCCUUUUUUUUAUAUUCAGAGAAUGAUUGUUUCAUUAGCUCGUUUUUUUCUCCGUACAUAUUGUACAGUGUGUGAUGUUCCGAGCUAAAGUACUUCUGUGUGAAAUCGAAAAUAAUUUAAGUAAUGAUUAAGUGUAGCGGUACGCAAAGUUAUAUACAAUUAAGAAAUAUUAGGAGAGACGAGAGAUAGAGGGAAGGGGGGGGGGUGAGCUAUUUUUUAAGAAAUAAUCAGGAGCUCUAUUUAACCUACACGUAGCAUAUGCUAGUACCUCUGUGUUACCAUAAGUGAAGAAUAAAAAGCCACGAUAUUGCGGGCUGCAUCGUGUAAUGACGAUAAUCACGCAUAGUUUCUUUUCUAUAUGACAAAAUAAAAUUAAUGCAUAACCUGUAAACUUGAUUGUUGACGCAAAAAUGUACAAACAUUAAUUAAAAAUA